UUAAUACCUGUCCAAUUCAAGACUUUCCCUUUUUUUUUUGGGUGGGGGCUAUAACUAGUUGAACAAGUGCAGAGCUUAAGACACACGAGCAGGCAGAGGUAGAGAAGAAGAGGGAAAGAUCUCCUCCUAUGGGAGCAUGACAGAAGUCAGCGGGGUCUCGGAGGCCGAGCCGGGACAGGACGAGGCGGUCGCCGACGCCUUCCCGGAUACUUUCCCGCCGCCGGAUUUUCGAGGGAAGUUUAAAAAGAUGCGGCAGAAGAAAAGGCCCACCAUCCUUGAAACCUCUCCAGUAGGCAAUGGCGACAACAAGCGCCGCCUCCCUCCGGUGUGCAGUGCCCAGGGGGACAAGUGUCCACCGCUCGGCGCCUCCAUAAUCGUGGACCCCGAGAGCAAACCGGGCCAGUACGUCCUCAAGAGUCUCUUCGCCACCUUCGCCGCCGUCUCCGAGCGCAAGAUCCGGGUUAUCAUGGCCGAACCGUUGGAAAAGCCUUUGGCAAAGUCUCUUCAGAGGGGUGAAGAUCCUCACUUUGACCAAUUGCUAAGCACCUUGAGCUCCUUGUCCGAGUUCUGCCUGCCUUCCAUCCUGCGCACCUUGUUCGACUGGUACAAACGUCAAAAGGGCCUGGAGGAGGACAAGUACGAGUUCCGUCCCAGAGCCAAUGCUAAGUCCAAAAAUGAUGAGCGGCAGAGGGAUUAUUUACUUGAAAAGAGGGAUUUGGCCAUCGACUUCAUUUUCUGCCUCGCCCUCAUAGAACUGCUCAAACAGAUGCCCCUGCACCCUGUCCUCGACAGCUCGGUCAACGAGGUCAUCAACUUAGCCUUUAAGCACUUUAGAUACAAAGAAGGAUAUCAAGGUCCUAACACUGGCAACAUUCACACUGUCGCGGACCUCUACGCUGAGGUCAUCGGAGUCCUGGCUCAGUCCAAGUUUCCUGCCGUGAAGAAGAAGUUCAUGAUGGAGCUGAAGGAGCUGAGGCAAAAAGAGCAAAGUCCGUAUGUGGUCCAGAGUACCAUUAGCCUCAUCAUGGGGGUCAAGUUCUUCCGUAUCAAAAUGUAUCCCGUUGAGGAUUUCGAAGCUUCAUUUCAGUUCAUGCAGGAAUGUGCCCAGUACUUCCUGGAAGUUAAGGACAAGGACAUUAAGCACGCCUUGGCUGGGCUUUUCGUUGAGAUUUUGGUUCCUGUUGCAGCAGCGGUGAAGAACGAGGUGAAUGUUCCUUGCCUGAGGAACUUUGUGGACAGCUUGUAUGACACAACCCUCGACUUGUCGGCCAGGAAGAAGCACUCGUUGGCUUUUUACCCGUUAGUGACUUGCCUACUGUGUGUCAGCCAGAAGCAAUUCUUCCUCAGCAAAUGGCAUGUCUUCCUCAACAACUGCCUUUCAAAUCUCAAGAGCCGAGACCCCAAGAUGGCUCGCGUGGCGCUGGAGUCUUUGUAUCGCCUGCUGUGGGUCUACAUGAUCAGGAUCAAGUGCGAGAGCAACACUGCCACACAAGGUCGCCUCAACGCCAUCAUCACGACGCUAUUCCCCAAAGGAUCUCGCGGCGUGGUGCCGAGAGACAUGCCUCUCAACAUCUUUGUCAAAAUCAUCCAAUUCAUUGCUCAGGAAAGACUCGACUUUGCCAUGAAAGAAAUUAUUUUUGAUCUCCUGAGCGUGGGAAAACCAGCAAAGUCCUUCAAUCUCAAUCCAGAGAGAAUGAACAUAGGUCUGAGAGCCUUUCUGGUGGUCGCCGACAAACUUCAAAAGAAGGACGGUGAGCCUCCCAUGCCCAACACCGGCUGCACUUUACCCUCGGGGAACACGCUACGAGUGAAAAAGACGUACCUGAGUAAACCGCUGACGGACGAGGAGGCCAAAGUUAUCGGGAUGUCCCAGUACUACUUCCACAUUCGCAAGGCCCUCGACAACAUCCUGAGACACUUGGACAAAGAAGUCGGACGCUGCAUGAUGAUGACCAACGCGCAGAUGUUGAACAAGGAGCCAGAAGACAUGAUCACAGGUGAACGGAAACCCAAGAUCGACUUGUUCAGGACGUGUGUUGCCGCUAUUCCUCGCGUGAUGCCUGACGGAAUGUCCAAGACAGAGCUAAUAGACUUGCUUUCCAGGCUAACGAUCCAUAUGGACGACGAGCUCAGACUCAUCGCCCAGAACUCUUUGCAAAGUCUGCUAGUGGACUUCAUGGACUGGCGGGACGAAGUCGUGUUAGGGUUCGCCGGCUUUGUGCUGCGCGAGGUCCACGACACUCACCAAGGGCUGUUGGACAGCUCGCUAAAGCUGCUUCUCCUGCUGCUCAACCAGUGGAAACUGACGGAGGUGGUGUCAGAGAGGAGCUACGACAUGGCCGAGAUACAAACUGCAGAGAUGAGCUCUGACGUCUCGCAUCCUUAUGCUGCUGCGUUGCACGCCGUGGAGGGUCUGGCCCUUGUGUUGCUCUGUUCGUGUCAGCUCAGCACGCGAAGGCUCGCCGUCAACAUCCUGAAGGAAAUCCCCGGCCUCUUCGCCGUCAUCGGGCAGUCUGAGAAUGACGAUAAACCGUUGAUCGAGAUCAUGGACCGAUUCAGUCCCGUGAUCGUCGAGAGUUUCGCCAACGUGGCCGUCACCGACACGGCCAACACCACCGCCAGCCCCCACCUAGACCUCCAGUGGCUGGCUGAGUGGAGCGUCCGGCUGGUCAACAACCACUACGACACCCGGAGCCCGUCACACGUUUGGAUCUUGGCGCAGUCGGCCAAAGACCCGUGGGUGCUGUGCAUGUACGCCAUGCUGCGACAGGAUCGUCUGCCCGAGCACUGCCCCGCCGCUCUGGGCUAUGCCUGGUCCUACGCCUUCGCUCGCUUGCAGACGCUCAUGCCAGCUGUUGACCCCAAUAACCCAGCAAAUGCCAAGAAGACCAGUACUUCGGACAAUCACCUGACCCUGUGGCGGAACUAUUUGAUCCUUUGCUUUGGGGUGGCCAAACCCAGCGUGGCAUGUGCGGGUCACCUGAGAACGUCGACACCCGAGAUCACGACGGCCGCGCCUGACGGUGCGGCCAACCAUGACAACAAGGUGGUCGCGGGUUGUCCGUCUGUCGCUUGGCUCCUCAAGCAGUUGGUUCCCCUCAUGCGGGCUGAGAACACAGAGCUGACAGAGGCCUUAGUCGUGGGCUUCGGCCGCGCCAACUCCCUGGUCUUUAGAGAACUUGUGGAGGAACUGCAUCCGCUUAUGAAAGAAACGCUGGAACGAAGACCUGAGAACAAGAAACGACGCGAACGUCGCGACGUUCUCCGACUUCAACUGCUGCGUAUCUUCGAGUUGCUGGCGGACGCGGGCGUGCUCAGCGACAGCACAAACGGAGCUCUGGAGCGUGACACCUUGGCCCUCGGCGCCCUCUUCCUGGACUACGUGGAUUCCACCAGGACGCUCCUGGAAGCUGACAAUGACAAAGAAGCGGAGAUCCUCAAGGACAGUCGCGCUCACUUCGGCGCCAUGGUGGCCAACCUCAUCCAGUGUGUGCCAGUGCACCACAGGCGCUUCCUGUUCCCGCAGCAGAGCCUCCGACAUCAUCUCUUCAUCCUCUUCAGCCAGUGGGCGGGGCCUUUCAGCGUCAUGUUCACCCCGUUGGACCGCUACAGUGACAGGAAUCACCAGAUCACACGCUCCCAGUACUGCGCUUUGAAGGCCAUGUCCGCCGUGUUGUGCUGCGGGCCGGUCUUCGACAACGUGGGCCUCUCUUCGGGCGGCUACCUCUACAAGUGGUUGGACAACAUCCUGGCCUGCAAGGACCAACGGGUCCAGCGGCUGGGCUGCGAGGUGGUCAUCCUGCUCCUGGAACUCAACGUGGAGCAGGUCAACCUCUUCAACUGGGCCGUGGAUCGCUGCUACACGGGUUCCUACCCGCUGGCCUCGGGUUGUUUCAAAGCCAUUGCCGCAGCGUGCACCGGCAGAAACUACCCGGGUGACACGGUGACGUUGCUCAAUCUGGUCCUCUUCAAGGCGUCGGACGCAAACAAAGAGAUUUAUGAUAUUUCCAUGCAAUUGAUGCAGCAGAUUCUGGAGGUCAGGUUGUUCGCGUACUCCAAGAAGGUGGCUGGGCAGAAGCCCGAUUGCGUCCUUUACGGCACCCACGAGGCCUUGCCGCCUCUCUACAGCAUCUCGCUCUCUGAGCUCUCAAGCCAGCUGGCCGUGAUGUACCCCGAACUUACUCUCCCUCUUUUUUCAGAAAUUAGCCAGAGGUUCCCCAGCACUCACAGCAACGGGAGGCAGAUCAUGUUGACCUAUCUGCUGCCUUGGCUGGGGAACAUUGAGCUAGUGGAUGCCGGCCUGUCCGUGCCGGCCUCCGACUACGACUAUGACUCCGCCUUUGCCCGGCGGCAUCUGAGGGGAAGCGGCUGGGGUUCCCCACAAGCCACGUCCAUGGUGCUCAACAACCUCAUGUACAUGACGGCCAAGUAUGCAGACGACUUACCCAGCUCUGAAAUGGAAAAUGCCUGGAAUGCUUUGGCCUGCAACGAAAAAUGGAGUGGCAACUUACGCACCACGCUGCAGUUUCUUAUCAACCUGUGCGGCAUCAGCGGCGACACGCCACUGCUGCCUUUCAUCAAGAAGGUGGUGAUCUAUCUGUGUCGAAACAACACCACGCAAACCAUGGACGAGCUGCUCUCGGAGAUGGAAAAGACGGAUCCUGUCAACUCCACCGUCCGCCAUUGUGACAGUCCACCGUUUUAUCACUUUGGUGCCACCUGCAAGGUCGCCGCGACCGCCACCUCAGGGAGCGUGACCAACAGUCACACCGUAGUUGCAGGCCAGGAAACCCACCCAGAUACAGACGAUAACAAGGCAAAGGACAAUGAAGAGAGAAUCGGCCACGCUUUAAGAGCUCAUCACCAUUUGGAAUUUCGCUACAGCAACAGCUCGGGAGGAUCAUACGACGAAGACAAGAGUGACCCUAUGCUCCCUUAUACUGACUGGCUGUCGUUGGUGUUCGAAAGCAAGCGUCCCCAUCCUCUCCCCAUGCCUCUCAACGGCGGCUGCUGGGCUCCUCUGGUGGACUUCCUGCCCGAGAACCUGACGCCCAAGGCACCUUUGCACAGGUGUAAUGUAGCAGUCAUAUUCACGACAGAGCUGGUGGUGGACCACAACGUGAGGGAGGACUGGGUCUCGCACCUCCCGCUGAUGCUGCAUGCCGCAUUUUUGGGCCUGGACCACCAUCGCGCGGAGGUGUUGGAGCACAGCAAACGACUCCUCCUCCACCUUCUCAUGGCGCUGUCCUGCCACCACAACGUCCAGGCCGUGGCCUCGCUAUUGCUCCGGACGCACAAACUGGACGGAGCCAAGACCCUCACUCGGCAGUCCGACUGUUUAACAUCAGGAACAUUCGACCUUCUCAGAGAGUGUCAGGCAUCUCCCGUGCCGGACUCGGGCCUGAGUUCUUCGCCUGCGUCGUCCAGUCUGAGUCUGGGCGGGGCCACCGGCAACCUGCCCCAAAUCUGGGAUGACAGCACAUACGAGAAGACCAGAAAGCUCCUCGAGUUUUUAACUGGCAGCUGCGGACCUGUAUGGUGCCACGAAGAUACAUCCCCCAAGAAGGAGGUAUCUGAAAGCGCCGCUCAGCUGACAAACUUGCUGCGCCACGUGCUGUCCGUCUUUAGAGAAUGCGAUGCCCGACUGGAGCAGCGGCUGAGCGACAUGACUCUGCAGGCGGCUCUCCGCAGUUCCUCUCGACACUACGCCGGACGCUCCUUCCAGGUCUUCCGAGCCCUGCGCCGGCCCGUCCGUGCGUGCGCCGUCUCCGAUUUGCUGUCCAGGCUGGUUGAGGUCGUCGGGGAACACGGAGAGGAGGUGCAGGGCUAUGAGAUGGAAGUGUUACUCACACUGGAAUGUGUGGCGGAUAACUUGGCCAACUGCCUGAAGAACGAUGAGCUGGCAGCUAUCUCCAGCAGAUCGUCAUCUCCAGAUCUUCUUAGCACUGUCAAGUCGACGCCCAAUCGUCACAGAGACGGGCGCUUAGAGCUCCUGUCGGGGGAGCGCUUGUCGGACCCUUUGGCCGCCAUCUUUUGGGCGGCGGCGGCGCUGACUGAGUCGGACUUUGAGUGGGAGUACCGGAUGGCGCUGAGGCUGCUGGACAAAGCCCUGGCUGGCGUUUCGCCGAACGAGUGCCGCAAGCUGGAGAAGCUUGGGGGCCGGCUCCAAUGGAGCGGAUGGGCGGGGCUCCGUCGCACGCUGCUCAAAGGCUUGACCUCGGCCGCCACCACUGACCUGGCGCUAAAACUUUUCUGGCGGCUGACGCCCAUGGCGAUUGAGGCGGAUGUUGGUACGUUCCCGGCGCCCGCGAAAAGUCGGCCGCCAUUUUGUGAGUUUUCUCCGCUAGGCUUCCCCUUGAACGUCCUGUGCCUGCUCCCGCAUCUGGUGCAAAAUUUUGACGCCCCAACAAACUUCUGCCAAGAUGUCGCCGAGAGGAUCGCUCAGGUGUGCUCGGAGGAGAAGAAGGUCAAUCUGUCCAACCUGGCGCACGUCAUGACGCUUUACAAGACGCGCUCAUACACGCGCAACUGCUCGUCGUGGCUCAACGCCGUGUGCCGUUACCUCGCGGAGGCCUUCUCGGACGCCGCGCUCGGCCUGCUGGCGUACAUGACCGAGCUGUUGGACAAAGGACUCCCAACUAUGCAGCAGAGCAUUUUGCAAAUCAUCUACAGUCUGCUGAGUCACAUGGACCUGAGCGCCAUCCAAGCAAAGGCCUUCAACAUGGACGUGCUCAAGACCAUUCAGAAAUUUGCACAGACGGUAUAUUGGAGGGAAGCGCUGGACAUCUUGAAGCUGGUGGUGAGCCGCUCGGCCAGUUUGGCGCAGCCCUCUGCCUCCCUCUCUUCCCAGGACUUGAGUCGCGCGUGGGCCUUGCCUGGGAAAACGCUGGACUUCCACUUUGACGUGUCGCAGACGCCCGUGAUUGGUCGGCGCCACGAAGAGCCGCGCGGCGAGAGGGGAAGCUCCUGGUCCUCUGGUUCCUCGGGGUCGGUGUCCGACGACGUCCUGGUGCCCGUCAACUGGAAGAGGCCUCAUUCUUCACAGAAAAGAACCCGCGAGAAACUGGUGCAGGUUUUGUCCUUAUGCGGGCAGGAAGUGGGUCUCACCAAAAACCCUUCGGUAACGCCCCCGCACCCCGCCCGCCGUCUCGUCCGCGCGCUAACAUUCGUCUUUUCGGCCCGGCAGGUGAUUUUCUCUAGCUGCGGCGAGCCGGACCUGACGGUGCGGCGGCGUAGUCCGGCGUACCACCGAGACGGCAGCCCGGAAGCUGCCUCGGAGCAGCAGUUCCGUGUCUUCUGCGACUUUGAUUUCCUGGAUGUGGAGCUGGAAGACGGAGAGGGCGAGACUGUUGACAACUUCAACUGGGGCGUGCGGCGCCACUCGGUGGACAGCCUGGAGGGGAGCCCCCAACUCCCGUCCCACGGUGACUGGGACGAGUCCUCGGAGGAGGGUUCCUUCUCUGCCGGACAGAACCACUCCCGCUCUCUGCCGUUUUUGCAAGCAGAUGAAGACACGAACGAGGUGGAAGCGUCUAUCCGUCGGCUCUCGCACGAGUUUGACUGCGGCGGCGACGGAUUGGACGCUACGUACGCUUUCGACAGACAGGUGGACGCGCCCAGUCCACCGGAGGAGGAACGAUACGACAUCACGCCUCCGUCUUCCCCACCUCCUCCGCCCUCGCCCUUCUUCUCCGCCAUUCUGGCGGCGUUCCAGCCGGCGGUGUGCGAUGACGCCGAGGGGACCUGGCGGGCGCACCUCGGACAGCUGGCGUCCGACUCGGACGGCUCCUGCGCCGUCCACACCUUCCGAAUCUUCUCUUGCCUCUUCCAGAGCAUCCAAAGGCAAUUGAGCUCGCUGACGCGCGAUGCCAUGAGUUACCUGGACGGCAGGCUGACAGGAUUAGGUGCUAAAUUCCUCAGGUCGUCUGAAAUGCUGAGCACGUGCGUCGAGUGCCCCCUGUUGUUUAUCGACCCCGACACGAUCGUUUCAAACGGACUGCUGGAGAAAAUGAAAUUCAGCGUGUUGGAACUGCAGGAGUAUCUGGAUACUUACAACAGUAAAAAGGAGGCGCUGCUCACGUGGGUGAGUGAGUUUCCCAGAAGCCCUGGCAGUCAGCCAUUGGACCAAAAGCAGGUGGAGCUGUGCCAAAAACUCUACAAACUCCACUUUCAACUUUUACUGCUCUUUCAGUCCUACUGGAAGAUGAUUGAGACGGUCCAAUCCAUUGUCUGUCUUCGCAAACUAAGCAACAUGUCUGAAGAGAUGAGCGACUUGAAGAAGCGGCUGCUGGCCGCAGUGCCGGAAGAAGACAAAAGGGCGGCGCCAGAGUUCGCUUUCAGCUCUUCUGAAGAGGCAGUGCAGGCCAUCUUGGAGGCUCUCAAGGACCAGCGCGGCCUGGCGUCUGCUAUCUGCUAUAUUAGGGAGUGCAGAAGAACGUGGCCCAACAUCUUCGGCAGCCCGUCGGAGGACGAGAUCCAGAUGUUACUCAACAUCUACUUCCGGCACCAGACGCUGGGCCGGAUCGGCACGUUAGCUUUGGUGGGUUCCGAGCCGGACCUGGAAAAGGUGGCCGCCCAGCUGACUGAGCUCAAUGCGGAGUUGCGAGAUGCCGCGGUUCGCGCGCGAGGCCGCCGGGACACCGCCUUUCUACCUGACGCUAAGGUUUCGGGAUCCACAUUAUAAAGUUUAAAAAAGAUUAAAAUUGACAGUGAAAAUACUGUCAAAACUACUUAAAGAACUAGUUUGACGCACAGGUGUUAAACUGGCGGCCCUGGGACCAAUUCCUGUCCGCCGUGUCAUUAAGUCAAUCACAACUGUAUGUUUCUUGCAAAAUUAUAAUUCCAUUUUUGUAAUCCUCGAUGAAAAACACAAGACUGCUGAAAUAUUUACUUUCCCCUUUAAAAUAUCAAAAAUAGGAAUAUUUAUUUUUUACCCCUUUUUCAAAAAAAAAA